AUGGAACCUUCAAACCGGAACCAAGGUUAUGUAAUGGUUCUAGCCAGGCUCGAGCGACUUCAGGAAGGUAUCAGUGAUCUGACACACCCAAAAGUCAAAGUCAUUAUGGAGGAAAUGGCACAAGUGCAGCACCAGACUGAUCCCUGGGAUGCAGACCUUAAGAUUUUGAUACUAACCCGGCAUCAGAACGCAGCCGUUAGUCAGCAGCUAAAGAGGCAUUUGGGACAUGAUGCUGUUUACUGCCUUGAAUCCUCACCUAAUUAUAGGGAUUUCCUCCUCGUAUGUUGUUAUUACCUCCGCCAAAAGUACUUAUUACGGGCCUGGUUCCCUGAGCUCAAGCAAAUUGCGGACUUACGGCCAGUAUUAUGGAAUGGCCUGCAAGACCUCCCUUACUCCCAGUUCGGCCUCGUGUUCCAGUGGGAAGCAGAUGGGGAACCCUCGCCUUGCAUCAGUCAUUGUGUCAGACAGAAUAUUCAGGUCGUUGCGCUCUGUACCGUUCCUCCCCGUCCCACAGUUACCAGAACAAAACAGGAAUUGGCAUUAGAAGAGGAAGUUAGUUCAAGCUGUGAAAGAGUAGGCAAAGGCAGAGGUGAGACGAUGAAAGAUGAUGGCAACGAAGGGAGAGACAAGGAGCGCAUGACAACAAAGAAGGGGAUUGAUCCGUUCAUUUUCACCGCCUCCAGCAGACUGAUCAACAAUGCAGAGCUCCAUUAUAUCCUCACUUCUGUUUUUAACAUUUUCCUCGUAGAAAGGUCUCUCAGUGAUCUAGUGGACGGUGAGGACUGUAAGCGAGGCUGGGCGGAUCUGGUGGUGGAUGAACGAACGUGUAUACUGUUGCAGCCUCUUGCUCAUCUACGCACUGAUACCCACGUCCUUUACCUCACCAAGCAGCUAGUCCUUUUGUCUCUUCAGUGUGUCACUUGCUAUCUUAUUCUUUACUCUGACCCUCGUUUGGAUUACGGGUACAUAUUUCGAAGUAAUGUGGUAAAGGCUCUGACGAGACUUGUUGUUGCGUGUGCACAGUUUCGCUCAUUAGAUUAUACUGUGUCGAUUUGCCUGGCAUCCAGCAUAGAACAG